GUUCGCUUGCUCCCUGCCUUAGAGCGAUCGUGAGUGAGCUCUAGUCGUCCAGUGAGCUCGGGUGGUGUUCCUCUGGGCUAUUGUUGGCACGAUGUGCUUGGCAUGACUUUGAUGAUAACUUGGAGGCGGACAGGAGCAUCUCCUUGUGUUGAUUAAUUGUGCGGGAAUGUUCUGCUUACUAUGGUGAUGGAAAUGAACGAUGUGAAUAGAGCGGUGGCAUAAGUUCUGAAUUCUUACAACGUUUACAUUGUACUUUUAGCUCAAGGUGGCUGAAUAGUACAUCAGGAUACGUUUAAUCCUUGAAGGACUGGAUAGCAUUGUAUUGUUAAAUUGGUACUAUUUCGUUGAACAGGAAGUCGGAUUGUUCAAUGUCUCGCUAGCUGCUAAGUCUUUCAAACAUUUGACCACUGUUAUCAGUACCUCGGUACUAAGUGGGAAAUCUGAAGUAGGAUGCCGUGGCAAUCUAGACCGAGGAGCACUGCACUUCGUAUCCUGCAUAUGGAUGAAGUGAACAUGCCCUAAUGCAUACACUCAGUCCUGUUCUACCAUACUUUAGCACCUUCCCUCUACUUAACAGAUUAUUGGAAUUCGUGCUCUGGGCUCUUACUUAGGUGGAUCUUACUAUCCAUGCAACAUCACGACAUGAUACCAAAAUAGGUUUCAGCCCCUGAAAAAUUUACCAUACCCAGGCUCUGGGCAAGGCCUUCGAUUCAAGCUCUUACAGCGUAUGAAUUUGUUUUAAGAAGCAGAUUUAGGCAUUUUCAUUUUGUGGAAUAUUUUUUGGCUUGAGGAUUACUAUACAAAGCCAAAAUGGUCCACAUAACUGAAAUGCGAGUUGUCCUUCCACUGACAGUGGAGGAAUUCAGGAGGGGUCAACGAUUUGCCAACUUCAAGACUAAUGAACUAAAUACCUCUGAGGGUCAAGGCGGACAGCUUCUCUCAACAUUGCCUUAUGAACACGAGACAUGGGGCGAAGGAAUUUACACGCACAGUCUUUAUCGCCUCGGAGACCGGUUGCCUGAUUGGGUGACAAGGUUGAUACCUUCGAACGCCCUGAUACUUGAUGAAAAGACCUGGAUGGCAUAUCCAUAUAUACGGACGACCAUUUCUAUUCCGUUCUUCAACAAGCUGAAAAUAGAAAUGCUCAGCAUGCACGCAAACGACGAUGGCUCAACGGAAAACAUUCAUAAUCUUACGAAAACUGAACUUGCAAUCCGCAAAGUUGACAUGAUUGACAUAGCUUUUGACGAUGUCUCGAAACGAGACUACCGACAAGAAUUGGAUCCAAAACUUUAUGUUUCCAAGAAAACUGUACGAGGACCUCUCAGAAAAGGCUGGCGUGGUAACACGGUACCAACAAUGUGUGCAUACAAAUUGGUCAAAGUGGAAGCCAAUUAUUGGGGUGUACAGAACCGAGCUGAGAAACUGAUGAACAAUGGAAUUCGUCAGAUCGUGCUUCUCACUCAUCGCAAUGCAUUUUGUUGGCUGGAUGAAUGGUUCGAUCUUACUUUGGAGGAGAUAACUGCCCGAGAAACUCUUGGGCGCCAAAGAUUAAAGGCAGCCGUAAAACAGCCGCCUAUUAUUGAUCCUAAAACAGGCCAGGAAGUUAUCAUAGAGCCUGAAGGGCCGUCUACUAAAGACACUGAUGGGCUCAGUGAUACCAGUGAUGAAACCAGUGACAUUGAAGUUGAAUAUUUCGAGACUGAGAUGGAGUUGGGUAAUCAAGAUGCGGAGCAGCUUGGUACCAGGCACAUACCAGGGAGCGAGACACUGUUCGCUCAGACUUCAAAUAUCCCUGACAGAUGUGCAGUAUGUGCCACACGUGACAUAUCAAACUCGCCACCAGCUUUAUUUUGCCUAACCUGCCAAGAAUACUUCUGCCAGCAGUGUUUUUCUGAUUUUCACGUCACCACAAGACUGAAGGCACACAACACACAGCAUCUUUUGAAUAGUUUGGCAUCCUUGGACUUCAAAAGCAUUACCCCAGCGGACAAGGAGCAUCGAAAGAAAGAUUCAGACCUCCGCCCGGCACAUGGAAUGCUUCAGAAGUCCGUUAGUGACGUGAUACAGUCAAGUCACUCCUCAAGGAAUACGCAGGAACCAGAGAAUAUCUACAUUAGACAGGAUGAGAGGUUAGCUAAUAUUGGAAGCCCACCCAAAGAAUCAGGAGUUGCUCGAACAUUGUCGAAGUUUCGGUCAGUUAAAAGUGGUUUUGGUGCGCUCAACGCUCUCCAUCGUAUUAAUGACUUGUCACUUCAGGACUACUCACAAUCAGGUGCGUCAUCUGUAAGAGGUGUUAGUUCAGAUUCAGACUUGAGUGGUCUAGUUCACCGCCCAAACGAGCUGUCUGAAGAGCUUGUGCGGACUGUUGCUUCGCUUCAUCAACGUGCAUCUGAAUCACAUUCAACUGGUGCCUUAAUUCGCACUACUUCCCAAGAUUUUGGUUCUUCAAUGCGAAAAAUUGGUCGGCGAUACUCACAAGACAUCACACUUCCAGAUACCAUGACAGAGCAGAAAGGUGAAUCUGUGGCAGUGGAUCCAUAUGGUAUAAAAGAAGAAAAUACUGCUUGGGAUAUUGGGAUUUAUGACGAUAAUUUGGAAGUGACUGUGCUCCCUACGGAAUCUGAAAUUAAAGCUUGUACUGCUCUCUAUCAGCGAUUGCAAUGUCUUUUGGAAAUCUUGAAGAAUGUGGAGCCGAAGUGUAUGAACCAUGAGCAGCGUUUGUCUUUCUGGAUUAACAUUUACAACGCACUCAUGCUUCAUGCGACUCUAGUACAUGGAGUUCCAAAGAAUCACUACAAGAGGAUCACUUUGAUGAACAAGGUGACCUACAUUGUGGGUGGAUUUCAAUAUAGUCCUCUGAUGAUCGAACACUCGAUAUUGAGGGCUAAUUCAUACAAACCUCCAUUGGCAAAUCUGUUCCCCAUUCCGAAACCCAAGAAGAAUGAUGACCCUGCAGCAUCGUCCCUUGACCAAGCAGAGCCACUUGUCAGUUUUGCUCUUUGCUGUGGAAGCAGGUCCAGCCCUGUUUUGCGUGUGUACACCGCUGCGAACAUCCAAUCAGAAUUGGACCAAUCAUGCCGGGACUACUUGAUGGCAGCUGUUGGUGUGAAUAAGAAAACAAUUCUGAUACCAAAGAUCCUUCAUUGGUAUGCUCGAGACUUCUCUCAUGAUGCUGAGUCUUUAAUUGAGUGGAUCGCCGAUAAGUUACCCCAGGAGAAACGAGCGGCUUUUGACGAAUGUAUCAAGAAACGGUCUGGGAAAGGCAUCCGGCGGCGUAUGUCUGUACAACCCUACGAUUGGACCUUCCGCUAUCUCUACGAUCCAAAACUCUUGUAAGAUUGUGUAGUUUUUCAUGGUCAUGGAUACACUCUCAAUCCCGAUUCUGCUUGCCCUUGCUUUUUAAUUCAUUUAUUCAUUCAAUAAAAAUAAAAAUAAAAAGCAUACGCUUUGGUGUAGCAUUGGAAUUGCAGAUGUAGCUGUGGGUGGUAGGCAAACUUUAUGUAUCUUUUUGAACACAUUAACCUGUGUUCCUUUACUAGUACUGGAAACAGGUCUUACAUUUUCUUUUGUAGAUACUCACGAAGUUAAUAAGAUUCCAAUAAUCAUUGUAUGUUGCUAAUUUUGUCA